AUGAAUAAUGUUAAAAGGAUAUCAAAUAACUUUAUUAAAUAUCUUUUAUUUCGAAAUAUGAAUAAGGAUGUUAAUGAUAGACCUGUAGAUUUAAAUAUUUCUGAACCAGAAGAUUCUUUAUAUUUUGCUAAUGAAGGAAUUGAUGGAAGAAAUAUACCAUGGUUUCAAAGAAAUUUUUUUGUUUCAAAAGAAAAAAUUUUAUUUGGUACGUGGGAUGGUGUGUUUCCUACUGUUAUGGUUAAUAUUUUUGGAAUUAUAAUAUUUCUUCGUAUGGGAUGGAUUGUGGGUACAGCUGGUGUUGCUAACUCAUUACUUCUUCUUGUCAUCUGUACAACAUUAUCUUUAAUAACAGUUUUCUCGGCAAUUGGAAUUUGUGAAAGAUGCCAAAUUAAAAAUGGUGGUAUAUAUUUUUUAGUUUCUCAUGUACUUGGAGGACAAAUUGGUGGUGCUAUUGGAUUAUUAUAUGUUUUUGGACAGGCUGUUGGGACAUCACUUGUUGCUGUGGGAUUUGGGGAAACAACAGCUUAUUUUUUUAAUUCAACAAAUCCAUAUUUAAUUAAAUUUUUUUCUGUUGCAGUUAUUGUUAUUUUAACAGUCAUCAAUGCAGCUGGUGUUAGAUGGGUCAUAAGACUUCAAAUAAUUUUACUAAUUUUUCUUUUUAUUGCUGUUUUUGACUUUAUUCUUGGGACAGUUUUUGGUAGUAAAGCAGAUGUAGGAAUAUCAUCCCUUAACUCAAAAACUUUUAAUAAUAAUCGUGAACCAUAUUAUGGUGAAUUUAAUUGUACUGAUAUAGGUAUUAAUCUUCAUCUUCCUGGAAAUGAAUCAUUUUUUUCUGUAUUUGGUGUUUUUUUUGCUAAUUUUCUUGGUGUAUUAGCUGGUACAAAUAUGAGUAAUGAUUUAAGAGAACCAAGACGUAAUAUUGCUUUAGGGGAACUUUCUGCAAUAUCAGUAUCAUCAUUUACAUGUUUAAUAUUUAUAUUAUCACUUGGAGCAAUAGUUGAUAGGCAAUUUUUGUUAUGUGAUUCAUUGAUAAAUGAGAAAGUCUCAUUAACAGGAAUCAUGUUUCUAACAGGAUUAUAUUUAUCAUCUUUAAGUUCAAUUGUUGGUUCUUUAUUAGGUUCACCAAGAGUAUUACAAGGUUUAGCAGCUGAAGAUAUUAUUCCUAUUCUCUCACCAUUAUCUGAAGGGGUUGGUGCUAAUCAAAAUCCAGUUAAAGCAAGUAUUGUAAUGAUGGUUAUUUCAGUAAUAUUUGCUUUACUUGGUUCAUUAAAUCAAUUAGCAAUAAUGUCAACAAUGCCAUUUUUAAUUACAUAUGCUUUUGUUAACUAUUCUUAUACAUCAUUAGCAAUGAGUUUUGAUUUACAGGAAUUAAAUAAAGCAGAAAGAGUAAAUAAUCCUGUAUAUGGAAGUAUUAAAAAUGACAAUUUAAGUAAUAUUUUUAAAAAUGAAAAUGUUGAAAUUGAAGAUAUACCAAUCAAUGGUUAUUCAACAUUCUCAAAUCGUUAUGUAUCACUUUUUGGAACAAUCAUAAAUAUUGCAAUAUUAUUUUUUAUUAAUUUUUGGAUGGCUUUAAUUCAUGUCGCAGUAUUUUUAUUGUUACAUUUUUAUAUUGGAACAGUAUCAAGAUGUUCAAAUCCUGGUAUAUCACAAUUUUCAUUAUGUCAUCUUUUUAAAACAGUUUUUGAAAAAGAUAAAAUGACAAGUGAAGGUCAUAGUAAUUUUGUUAUAACAAGUACUAGUUUACCAUCGCAUACAUUUCAAGAAAAUAUAUUAACCGAACAAAACCCUGAUUAUGGGGAAAGAAAAAAUUAUCAUAGUCAAGAAGUGUUAGAAAGAUAA